GUGCGGCAUCAACAACGGCAAGUGCAGGGCCCUGCGAAACAACCACCGCUCGUGGAAGAUCACCACCAUCACAUUCCCCAUCUUCCAGCACCUGCUGAGGAAGCUCCACGAGAGACGAGAACAACGCGCAGCAAAACCACUACUUCGCAGAAACACAUUGCCUGCCCGGGUCUUGGCGGCCGCAGACAUUGACAAGGCCAUCCGCAUAAUGAACACCACGCGCUUCGGCAACCCCGACCGCUUCAAAGACCGGGUGAGCGUGGAAAUCCAGGGAGCUCUACGGCGAGUCAGGGAUCCGAGCACACAGGCGGCAGUAUGUAUCGGUGUCCGGCAUCGCCAAAGCCCGCGGGGCCUCGCAGCGCACCUCGGGACCACCAGCUUGGAUGACAUCGGGGCUGCUUUAACCCACACCAAGCGAGACUUCCGGACCUACCGCCAGACCGGCCUCUCGGACAAGCAGUUGGCCAUCGGCCUGUCGGCCGCCUCUGCUGCGUGCGCCGCCCGCCGCCCGUUCUCCGACUGGGCGGCGUUGGAGAACGAGAUAGCGAAGCAGAUGCGGAAGUAUUGUCGGGGGCGCGGCCGCGAAUACUUCUCGGCUCGGCAGGCGGCCGCUGACUUGACCCAG